UAGUUUACAAAACAGAUGCUUAUAAUGGCCAAAUUUCAAUAAGAUGCACAUUUAUCCUUCAUUUUUUUCCCUUUAAAAUUACUGAAAGAUUACGAUCACCUCAUGUCACUACGAUGCAUUAGUUUUUGUUCAAUGAAAUGCAGGAGGUAGAGAGUAGUGUGGUUACAGCCACGGGAGCCUCACCUUUUAAAGAAGAUUAUUUGAAAGCUGCUAGAUUAUUUACCCAUAACCACAAGGAAUUGCAUGAGAAAGGAGAAAAGUGGAUGAAAGAUACAGCAAGUUCUUAUAUAAUUGUCAGUGCCCUCAUUAUUACAAUCAUAUUUGCUGCAGCGUUCACAGUUCCGGGUGUAAACAAUCAAGAAACAGGGUUUCCCGUAUUCUUAAAUGAAAAGUUAUUUAUGGUUUUUAUAGUUUCAGAUGCAAUUUCUCUAUUUUCUUCUGUAACUUCAGCGUUGAUGCUUUUGUGCAUCCUUACAUCGCGUUAUGCUGAAGAUGAUUUUCUCAAAUCCUUACCCACAAAGAUGAUAAUAGGCCUUUCCACACUCUUCAUCUCCGUUGCGACCAUGAUGGUUGCCUACUCUUCUGCCAUAUUCCUCAUGCUUCGUGACAAAUUAUGGAUUAUUACUCCAAUAUUUUUCCUUGCUAGUAUUCCCGUCAUAUUUGUUUGGAUGCAAUUUCCCCUUCUUGUUGAGAUUUUCGUGUCUACUUAUGGCAGAGGAAUAUUCAAUAGGAAAGUCAAACGUUGGAUAUAAAUUCUUGAUAGUGUAUGCAAUAUGUUGUAUAACUGUAGUAAUGAAAUGUUUGUGACUACUAAG